ACCGUGCAGUGCGGAGCGGCAGCAGCGACAUCGCAAGAUCGCAACUUUAUUUACAAACAAUUCCGAGACCAAAACCCCAAACUCAUUAAACACAAUGGCCGUACAGGGUCAGAGAUUUAUGACCAAGACCCAGCACUACCGCAAGGUGACCAAACCUCUGCUGGAGCGGAAGAGACGUGCCCGGAUGAACCUGUAUCUGGAUGAGCUGAAAGAUCUCAUUGUGGACACGAUGGAUGCGCAGGGCGAGCAGGUCAGCAAGCUGGAGAAGGCGGACAUCUUGGAGCUCACUGUCAACUAUCUGAAGGCACAGCAGCAGCAGCGGGUGGCCCAUCCCCAAUCUCCACCACCAGCUAACCAAGUGAACUUGGAUAAAUUCCGCGCUGGCUACACCCAGGCUGCCUACGAGGUCUCUCAUAUAUUCUCCACCGUUCCCGGCCUGGAUCUCAAAUUCGGCACCCACCUGAUGAAGCAGUUGGGCCACCAGCUCAAGGAUAUCAAACAGGAGGAAUACAGCACCGAAAUGGAGGACCCCCAGGAACCCGUCAAUCUGGCCGAUCAAAAGCGCUCCAAGUCUCCGCAGGAAGAGGAUAUCAUCCCCCAUGGCGAGGAUGUCUGGCGUCCCUGGUGAAAGGAGCAUCCCAAAUACACACGCAACCAAUCGAUAGCUUUACUAAACUCAGUUUCAUUAAGAAACAAUCCAAGUUUUCCAAGGUCUAGUGUAAACAUUUGCCUCAGAAUCGUAUUUAGUUGGUAGUUGAUUUAAUUUGAUAUGAUGUGAUGUUCCUGUGAUAGUUCUUAAGUUCGUAUUUUGUAUUUGAUCUCCCCUAGGCUAAAUAAUUCAUGUAUUUAAUUGAUUGUAAUUUAUUUGAUCAUCUCAACACAAAGAGCUUCCCCACCGAGCUUCCACUUAGUUUCAUUAAGGAAAAACACACAUUUUUUGUAUGCUUUAAAUUUACAUUUUUGCUUUACAACAUUUAAUCUAAGCCAUGAACAC